AGUGUCCCUGCAGUGAGCCACCGGCCCGGGCUGGCCGGGGGCGGCUGGGAGGAGGCAGACAGCGGGCACAGCUCCCGGGAAUCCUCGCAGGGCAACGAGCGGAGCCGCACCUCGGACUCGGGCAGCAAAUCCGGCAGUGACAGCCGCUCCGGGGCCAGCCGGGAGCUGAGCCAUGGGGCUGACAGGGUGGACGCUGACAGCCCAGGUGACUGCCGGAGGGAGCUGAGCCUGGUGUCGGGACUGACGCGUGGGGCCAGGGUCUUCCUCACCAGGGAGGAAGCUCAGCACUUCCUCAAGGAGUGUGGGCUCCUGAACUGUGAGGUGGUGCUGGAGCUGCUGGGCCGAGCGCUGGAGGAUCCCAGUGACAGCGUCCGCAUGAGGUCCAUGAGUGCCAUCUCUGCCCUCGGCUGCUCCGACCUGCUCUCCGCAGAGCAGAUCUUUGCUGUGACCCAGCAGCACCUGCAGCACCUCAGCCAAGGCAGCCCUGGGCCUGUGGCCAACCGAGCAACGAAGAUGCUGCGGCAGUUCGAGGCCCUGUGCCGGACCCAGCCCUCCCCGAGGCCCCCACGCCCACCCUCAGCCCCCUCGGUGGGCUCGGCCAGGGACCUGCUCAUG